AUGACAUUUCCAGUACCAAUUUCAUUGGAAACGCAACCAAUUUCUAUUCAAGAACAAUCAAAGGAUGAACCUAUGCUUUAUGUCUUGAUUUUUUUUAUGGUUUUGGUUUUCUUUAGUGGAAUAUGUUGGAUAUUUUGCUGCGGUUCUUGUGUCGGGAGAGAUACUUUAAGAGCAAUUGGGUUAGGAAGGUUCGUAGCUUCUCCUAACAAAAGAGGUAGGAGAAGUAUUGUAAGAGGGAUGAGAAAUUAUAAAUAUAGUCCUGCUUUUACGGAUGAAGAGGAAUGGGAAAUGUUUGAAGGAGCUGGUGUAAAUAAUAAUGAGGAAAGUGCAUGGGAUAAUAAUCAGAAUGAUCAGGAAACAUUACAAUAA